AUGGCACACUACCAGCUGCUGGAUUUGGCUCCCGAAGUCCUACACAACAUCUUCCAGAACGUGGAACCAUCAGACCUAGCAUCGCUGGCCAGGACAUGUCACCACUUGAACAAUUGCAUAAGAAGCGAUGAGUUCCUGUGGAGACUCCACUAUCUGUCCCUCUUUGUAAGAGUCAAGGCCGGCUUCCACGAUGAUUUGAUAUCAACGGCGCCGCCUGCUGACCAGGACUUGCUAUCAGGAUCCUCCUCUAGACGGCGAUACCAAGUCCUGGCGAGAAAGACUGACCCGUUUAGUGAGGCUGCAAAAGAUCCUGGCAUCAGAUAA